GAUGGAGUGCGUCAGAGGAAACUAGUAACAUGGCAGCGGAUGAUGACACUGGAGACAAGAUGACAUUCGAUGUUCUCUGCGCUUCUCCUCUUAAGAGCAACGAUGAGAGCUCAGUGGACAUUUACGCGGGGUUGGACCCCAAUGUCACUGAAAAUUCUUCCAAGCCAUGUACGCCAUCCAGAAAUUGUUUAGACCUGUACGAGGAGCUCCUGACUGAAGAAGGAAAUGCAAAGGAAGCAACAUAUAAUGAUUUGCAGGUGGAAUUUGGGAAAUGCCAGAGACAAAUGAAGGAGCUGAUGAAGAAGUUUAAAGAAGUUCAGACGCAGAAUCUAAGUCUGCAAAGUGAAAACCAGUCCCUGAAGAAGAACAUUUCAGCACUUAUCAAGACGGCUAGAGGGGAAAUCAAUCGAAAGGACGAGGAAAUUAAUAGCCUCCACCAAAGACUCUCAGAAUUUCCACAUUUCCGAAGGAACUACACCAGAAACUACCUUCCAGGGUCAACAACGUCAAGAUCCUCAGAGGCGCCUAAAGCGAAAGAUUUUAAAUCCAGAACUUCGCAUUUAGACGAGAGCCCAAAGACCGAUCCCAGACCGAAAAAUGACUCUUCAAAGGACAUUUCCCACAGCACUUCAUUACCAGACCCGGGAAAGGAAGUCAAAACAGACUUGGAAAAGAAAAGCACUUCUCAUCUACCAGUUUCUCCUGAGAAACACAGUAGCAGCGGCAUCCGAUCACGGGCACACAAUCAGAUAGUUGACGGUGGCUCGAGUGAGGAGAGAAGGGGAAGAAAAGAAAUGAACAAUAGCCAACAGUACAGCCGAGAAAAUGAUCGAUGGAGAAAGGAUGUCCCUGGUGGGAGCGCAGACGUUAAUCGGCGGUCCCAGGGGCAGCCCGAAAAAUACGGGAAGAGUGAACAGAAGCCAGAAUACAAAAAUUCCAAAUGUCGAAGCCACUCAGAUGCAGAGUCUAAAAGUCCCCAUGUAAGUUCUGUUCGGGAGAAAGACAGCAGCAUUAGGGAGAGGUCACACCAGCGAGGAGAUUCCCAGGGGGACGAGAGAGUGGAGAGACAGAGUGAAAGAUCCCAAAACCUAAAUAGAAAAGAGCUUAAACCCUAUUCCAAAGAUGACCGGAAAAGUGACCCGAAAGCCAAGUUCUCGGAAAAGGACGAGGAGCAUAGGCGACGGGCCGGGAGAGCGGCCGUCCCCCAUCCGAGGAGUGAAACGGGGAGAGACCCUCAUUGGUCAACAAAGGGCCAUCCGGAAGAACGACGGGGACGGGAAGGAGACGGUAAAAGAGACAGAGGGCCCAGUGACCAAAGUUUCUGGAAUGGAAGAACUUCCCCUUCCACUUCGAGCAGCAGGACCCACAGGCGCCCUUACUCGAACGAGAUCGGCAGCAAACACGAGUGGGAAAACUCCCACUCCAAAGCAGAAAGGCACAGAACCGAAGAGAAGAGGAAAAGAGAGAGAGAAAGCAAAGAAGACUCCAGACACGUUAGAUCUGAAAGAAGAGGGUCCAAAGACCAUCUCCAAAAGACCGAAAAAGAAACAAAGAAAGUGUCCGCUGAAGGAAAGCCAAAGAAUGGGCACGAGCAGAACGACAGAAGCAAAACCUCUAAAACGGAAGACGUCCCAGAAGGGGCCGUCAGAAAAGAACUCCACCUUGAGAAAGUCAAAGACUUUCCGACUGCAGCAAAAAGCAAGGAUCUAAAGCUGAGUUUUAUGGAGAAGCUGAAUUUGACUCUCUCCCCCGCUAAAAAACAAUCGCUCGGUCAGGAAGAUCCAGUUCAAAAGAUGGAUCGUCCUAAAUCCUCAAGUCAAAGGGAUACUGAGAUUCCAGUGGAAACAGAAGCGGUGCUUUCUCUUCGGUCUGCCACAGAUGAGGCUUCAGAGAAAAUCAAGUCACCAUUACAAGAACCAAACGAUAGCAUGCGGGCAUUCGAAGAACCCAAGGUGAACCCUCCCGCGAGCCAUGUGGAAAUUGAAACCGGUGAUCUGGUUGAGAGUGGGCAGUGCCCUUUGCCGGGUACCAAUACGGAGUCCUCCCCCCACCCAUGCGUGGGGCAGGAGGGGUGCAGUAAUGGAGAGGUUCCAGCGUCCGAUACAGCGGCCCACUUGCAUUUGGAUGUUUCUCCUAACCUUGGCUUAGAACUGGAGACCGUAAGUAAUGACGGAGUCGAUUUGCCUAACGUCCUCGAAAAUGCUAAGGAGAGGACGUCCGACGCCUCCGUGGGGAUGGCCGAUACCAACGACAAGAGCCUCGAAGGAAUCGGAAACUGCGUUUUACCGGCAGUCGUUUCCGAGAAGGCGGACGACGUCUCCGAGCCCUGCCUUGGGGAUGGGCCGACUUCCUAUGAUGACGGUGGAAAUCUGGAGUCCCUCUUCUGCACACAAGGAAGCUUAGAAUCUUCGCUUCGGAAAGAUUUGAUGGACAAUAGCCCUGAAAACAGAGACGUGAACCCUGCAUACCAUGAUGAUGAAAAUUCCGUUAUUAGCAUUGACCUCAAUCAUUUGAGAUACAUUCCAGAAGCCAUCAGUCCACUGAACAGCCCAGUGCGGCCCAUAGCUAAAAUUCUCAGGGUAGAAAGCCCUUGCAAAGUUCCGGCGUUGAGAAACAACCACAAAGAUUUAACUUCGGCCAGCUUGCUCAGCUCUCCCGCGAAGAAUUUAUCCAACGAACUCAACAAGGAGAAUCGAAAGCCAGUUUGCAAGCCCGACAAAUGCUCGGAAGUGGACCCCCAUUCAAAUAAAUAUUCUGACGAACUAGAAGAAGGAGAAAUCGUAAGCGACAGCGAAAAGUCCAACCUGGACAGAAAAGCAGACACCGGCAAGAGUCCCAACCCCAGAUCCUCUUCGGCUAUGCAGAAUGGAAAGAAUCCGCGAAAGAGAAAGAUGAGCACUACGCAUCUCGAUGAAGACAGUGGAAAAACGAUGGCCGUCAAAAUCCAUCAGGUCAAGAGGAAGAAAGAUCAAGCCUCCAGUAACUCUCCCAAAUCUCUGAAGGCGGAAGAAAAAGAUAAAGCCACAAACAGUUCUCACCUGGAAAAAAUUGUCCAGGUUAUCGUCGAGCCUACGUCGGUGAGAGAGGUUAUGCAGAUGCUAAAGGUGAUAAGAAAGCACGUCAGGAAAAAUUAUAUGAAGUUCAAGAUCAAAUUUUCAGUCAUGCAGUUUCACAGAAUUAUCGAAUCGGCGAUAGUGAAUUUUACAUCACUGAUCAAGUACCUGGACCUGUCUAAGAUAUGUCAGUCGGUGGACUUUGUCAAGCGGAGCCUCUGCGAUGUUAUAGAAUCGAAACUGAAGCAGCUUAAAAAGAACGGGAUCGUGGAUCGCCUCUUCGAACAGCAGUUGCCAGAUAUGAAAAAGAAGCUGUGGAAGUUUGUGGAUGAACAACUCGACUAUUUGUUUCUAAAGCUGAAAAAGACCCUAACCAAGUGGUGUGAUGCCCUAAACCCGGGAAGCGAUAGCGACGAGGGAAAGCUGGAAGCCACCGAGAAAGAGAAACACAAAAGCUCUAACAAUCUGAGAGAUGGGGUUGAAAAGGCCAAGAGGAGGACCGUCAAGGUCAGGUCAGAGAAGAUCGACGGGCUGGUCGACCGUAAAUCCGUGCCGGGGGGUCAGUCUGAGAAGCCUAAUCCAGACAGAACCCAAAAUCUAAAACCGGCUGCCUCGAAACAAGCCACUCCGACGUGCUUAAGCUCUUCGGUCGACAAUGUGAAAAACUCCCGACCCAAAGUCAGCCCCCCGGCGCCCAAGGAGUUCCACAGCACACCGCUUUCCCUCAGAGCCUCCAGAGACGCGCCCGAGGCCGAACGGGCCGUCAGCUCCGGUCCCCAGAAGCCGGAGCGGAGUUUUGAAAUUCUCACUGAGCAACAAGCCUCGAGCUUGACUUUCAAUCUGGUGAGUGACGCCCAAAUGGGCGAAAUAUUUAAAAGUCUGCUGCAAGGCUCCGACCUCCUGGAACAGAACGGGAACAACAUCGGCCGAAGUCAGUGGGAACUGGAAACGCCAGAGAAGGCCCCGGCGGAGGCUCAGAAGUGCGAACCGGUUUCCGUCUGCACCGCAGACGAGGCUCCUUUGGGCGAGGGCUCUCCGGUUCCAAGGGCAACGGACGAUGUCCCCUGGGUGGCCCUGUCAUCUGAGAAGACCCCGUCUUCAUCCCCCAGGCUCCAGAUGCCCAUCCACCCCGAUGUGCUAGAUGAAAGCUGCAUGUUCGAAGUUUCCACCUGCGUGGCUUUGAGUAAAGAGAACACGUGCGGUACAGAGAAGAGGUCUUGCAUCUCCUCCAUUCUCAUCGAAGACCUGGCGGUUUCCCUAACGGUGCCCUCGCCCCUCAAGUCGGACGCGCACCUGAGCUUCCUGAAGCCCGAGACGUCGUCCAGCUCGACUCCGGAAGAGGUCAUCAGUGCCCACUUCAGCGAGGACGCGUUACUUGAAGAAGAGGAUGCCACCGAGCAGGACAUCCAUCUGGCUUUGGAGUCGGAUAAUUCCAGCAGUCGAUCGAGUUGCUCUUCCUCGUGGACCAGCCGGCCCACGGCUCCCGGCUUUCAGUACCAUCCCAGCCUUCCCAUGCAGGCCGUGAUAAUGGAGAAGUCCAACGACCACUUCAUCGUGAAAAUCCGGCGCGCGCAACCAUCUGCCGCCUCCCUGGGCCUCGUCGACUACGGCCAGGCGAGCGAUGAGUCGGUGGCGUCUUUGCUGCGGGUCAGAGAGGCGACCGAUGAGGCGACGGAACAAGGAACCGCCGACCGAGGGCCCGCUGACGGCUCCGGAGCCGAAGCGGAGAUUUCCCAGAGCCACGGAAAUGGCCGACUGCCUAACGAGGGACAGAGCUCGACUCUUCGGACCCCGGUUCUCGAUGUUCUCGAGCUCUUUGGAGAGACCUCAGAGUCCUUGGGAAUCGGGGAGGAACGUGGAGACGAGGGUCUCACGGUUCGGCAGGGGGGCGGACCGAAGGAGCCGGAGGAGUCGUGUGCAGCCUUGGGGGUGGCUUCACCCCCCUUAGCUUGCAGCCUCGCCGACACGUGCGUGGACCUCACCCCAGAACCUGCGCCGAUAGAUGGAGAUCUGGGCGACCUUCUGACGGCACCGGGUUUCAACGUUCAUCCAACGGGAUCUACGAGAAAGGACUCGGAUUCCCAGGACCGAGUGGGGGAAACGGUGAGGGAGAAGCAGAACGGGGUCGGAGAGAGCUCUGUCGAUUCGAUGCAGACUGCGAACGAGAGCAAUCUCGGAGGGAACGCCAGGCACCCGGGGAAAAGCCAAGAUAAAGGGAGCGGCAAGGAAGGAGAGGAGUUAUCCGACGCAAAUCAAUCUCCAGGCCACGAGGCUAAGGAUUUGGGUCCCUAUUUGACAGUGGAACCGCCCAGUUCAAAUGAAGUAAAGGAGGAUAAGUUGGCAUCAUCCCCCGCGUUCAGUUGUGUUGUAGAAUGCCCCGGGGUCUUGGCUAAAGCUCACGGAAAGCGGAAAAAGGAUUUCAGUCCGGGUCAUCCGAAGAAAAGAGAGAAAAGGGAAUCUCCCCAGACUGCUGAAGACGAGCCUGAGAAAAAUUCCCCAAAAUGCGAAGCUAGUGAUUCAGCCUCCCAGAGGAAAUCAACGAAUAAGAAGCACUCGCCGCUGGAGAAUAAAGACUGUUCACCUUCCAGCGCUACCUCACCCACGAGCCUCUCUGCCAAAAAUGUCAUUAAAAAGAAGGGAGAAGUUGUCGUUUCAUGGACGAGAGACGACGAUAGAGAAAUUCUUUUGGAGUGCCAGAAAAGAGGGCCAUCAGGAAAAGCUUUUACUUUUCUAGCUUCAAAGUUGAACAAAAAUCCCAAUCAGGUUUCAGAAAGAUUCCAGCAGUUACUGAAACUGUUCAAAAAGUCAAAAUGCAGGUAGCCUUCAGCUAUAGCUGCUAAAGUGGAACAGGCUGGAGUGGUUUUUUUGUUUCAUUUUUUUCUGCAUUCGUUGAAAACAAGAAUGCUCAACGUCAGGGUGGCUUAACUGGGUGAGACGGCCGGCUGGACAUGGUGGGGCCCCUAGGUUGCUGCCCUCUUGCCUGGGUUAGCGUCAGAUGCUCUGCCAUGGUUCAGAUCAGCACGACAUUCUCUCUUCAUACUUCGCAUCGCUUCCGCUGGUCCAGUCCGAUGGAGUGAGCAGGAGAAAGAAGAUUUUCUAGUACUGAAAAAAAGUAAAACCGUUGAGCCUCUUGGACAAUGGGUCUUACAACCCUGGAUUGUCACUCUGCUGGUCCAUUCCGAUGGAAUGAGUAGAAGAAAGGAGAUUUUUUUUUUUUAAAGUGCUGAACAUAAAACCGUCAAAGCCGCUUGGACAACGGAUCUUACAACCUUGAAGUCAAAGCCCUUAAUCACAGAGUCGGUUUUCCCUCCAAGAAAGUUUUGCGUCAGGUUCAAGUCGACCACAACCUUUUAGCCCGUGACCCUGUCGUCCGAAGUGUGUUUUCAAGCCUGACGAGAAGAAAGUCGUUUCCAACUUGUCGGUACUUAGUGCACAGUGUCACUGCUCACAUUCUCGUAACGUCCUGUUGAUUUCUGGUUCCACGGGUUUAUUAAAGCAAUAAUUCUACAGGCUGUUUAAAAACCGUGGUGAGCACACUUUGGUCGUUGAGCCUUGCUCCAUGUGGGAGAUGCCUCACUGAGCGAAGUUUAUCCUGCCAAGGAGUCCAGCCAACUCUCACAUCAUUCUAGCUUUCCAGAUCCCUCCUGAACCACCACGGUAGUCUGUCUCAGCAAAGCAUGCUGCGAAGGGGAAAGGCUAAUUGAGCCCAAUGCCCAAUUCCCUCGGUCCACACCUGUAAUUUAAAGAAAAAAACAAACAAACAAGUACCUUUUGGGAGCACCAUUCUGCCCAUGGAUCCCUUUUGACACGAAAGCACAGGAACAGUCCCUCGAACAGAAGGACCGCUACAGCCGACUCACAACUCCUUUCUGAGGUGUUUUCUUUAGCCCGUCCUUCAACAGAAGUGGUAUCAUCUAAAGAUUACCAGCUGCUAGUGAAACUCCCCAACGGAAUUAAUGUACUUCAUGGAUCGGGCAGCUCUUUAAAAGGAACUUUUGGAAAGCUGUGGGUAAGUUUGUGGUCGGCGGGCAGAGGUUGAGGUACAAACCUUCUUUUAAAUGCUUUCUCAGCUGUUGAGAAAAUUAAGCUGUUGUCAGUGUUCCAGUUUCCGUGGAUGCUAACUUCCUGCAUUUCACAUUCUAGCGUGAAAUUCCACAUCAGUUCUUUAUUCACCUUUUAUUCUGGGACUGGUACCUUCCACCUCCAAACUCAAGAUCUUGAAGGCUAUCAUUUCAGGUGACCUGCACCCAAGCACUCUUUUUUUUUUUAGAGCUUAACGUCUUAUUUUCCUCCUCGAAUCAUUACGAUUUGAACUUUUCCAAAUGUCUACUCCCUUUCAGUCCUCAGGGUAGCCCAGCGAUUCACCAACUGGGCUUAACCGAUAAGGGCGAAGCGUCGAAAGAUUUCCCAUUUAAGGGUCGUCGCUUACAAUAGAUGAGUUCGAGAACCGUACCCGUUGGAGAUCUGCAUUCACACAGCACACGGUAAAAGUCCUUGGAGUCCUUUUGAAGACUUGCACUGAUGUUAUAUAAAACUGAUUUUGUAAAUCUGUUUAUUGAGCAUGGGCUACCCCGGCGUAGUUUUCUUGUUCCUGGUCUGUCGGAGCAUUUUAAGCGCUCCUCUCGACGCGGGGAAAAGCUCACAAAGAUUCAGUACUUUCAAAAACUAGCAUUCAUAUUCCAGAACAUUUCCUUUUAUUUAAUUUCAUGGAAUUCAGUUUCCUUAUUGACUAUUUAAUUGGCCACUUAAUGUUCUAUUUUUCUUGCCUCUGUUUUUGAUAUAUUGUGAAGCAAUUGUAGUGUUUUCUCUUGUAAAUAUAUGUACAAAGACAUGUAUGGUAAUG